AAGGCCGCUGCCACCAUGUUUGACCUAAGCAACUGGCCUGAAGACAUCACUGACCUGGCCACUUUUGGCCUGGCUGAUGUUGAGACUUUUGUCACUCACUUUCAGAAAACUGAUGGGUUACAGGGAGCUUUGUGGAACACUGUAUUCACGAACAGUCUAUCUAAUUAACAAAACUUUUGAAAAAGCCAAAUGAACUCAGAUCUGUCGUUUUUUUAGAACUCAACUAUUAGGGUUCCCAAUCCUGUUUUCCUGUUUUUGACAAUAGUGGUUGCAUUAAAAAUCAAUAUGAAAAGGAAAUAUGUCCUUAUGUUGUUCAAAGUUCAAAUAACUCAUGUUUGUCUUAGUUUGCCAUUUUGAGGAAAUGAAAUUCCCAUGAUCCUUUGCUAAAGAAAAUAAUAACAUACUAGAGUGAAAAGAACACAUCAGAAUUCUUUAAUGUUGAAAUAAUGAUUGAUAUCUGGAUGUUGCAAUAGGUGCAUAAUUAAUAGAAUUAUUAACUUCAGUGAGUGCAUAAUAAAGAGUUUAUGAAUGUCAACAAGAGACUUGUCAUGAUAAUGUUUGUUUUGGUGUUUGGUUUUGUGUUUGGGAUGUUCUGUGUUUUUUCUUUCCCUUUCCCCCUCCCUUUUCUCUCCCUGGCAGUGUGUGCAGCUGAGGGUGUGGCUGGCCGGCUCUUCAUAAUGAGGCACACCUGGUGUUCAUUCAGUAAUCACUCCUACAAUAAAAGCCUGGUUAAGACGCCACUCCUGUGCCAGAUUAUCCCGUCUCAGUUGCCGCUGGUGUGCCUCCUGCCGUACCUGAUUGCAGCUUCCAGUGCUUCAGUGUCUCCGCAUGCUGCGUCCGUUUCCAGCAACGCCAGCCAGCCCUCCGCUGCCUCCAUUUGCUCCCUUUUCUGAUUUUUUGAACUUAGUGUUUUUUCAAUAAACACUGUGGACUGUUUUUUUGCUUCUGUCUCUGCAUUUGGGGUCCAAACACAAAACCUAAACACAACAGAAUAAUCUGGCCACGACAUGGACCCCGCGGAAACAGACAGAUUACGACAGGCUCUUUCUAUUCAAGGCGCUCGUGUUGGCCAACACGAACAAGUUAUCCGUGAAAUUAUGGACACUCUAAAGAACCUCUCCACCAGUGUAACUCAGCUUGGCGGUCGCUUGGAUCAGGUCGUCAACCAGAUCUCCAGUUUGGCUUCUCCCGGGGAUCCACAAGCCUCUUCAGCCCCUGCUGCGGUUCCUUCAGCCUCCCCACCUGGUCUUUCCCGUGAACCCUACAUCCCCACUCCAGUCAGAUAUUCAGGUGACCUAGGGACAUGUAGUCAGUUUUUGCACCAGUGUUCUCUAGUGUUUGAUCAGCAGCCCCAGACUUAUUCAACUGAGAAAUCUAAAAUAGCCUUCGUCAUGAGUUUGUUGUCUGACCGGGCUUCCUCUUGGGCUUUAGCUAUCUCUGCCAACGAUUCCGCUGUUACUCAGUCUUAUCACUCCUUUGUCACUGAGAUACGCAAAGUGUAGGGGUAAAGGAGCCGGUAAUCGGCUCCUUUCCCUCCGCCAGGGUGCCGCUCCAGUCUCCCAAUAUGCCAUCGAUUUCCGCAUUUUAGCAGCCGAGAGCGGGUGGAAUGAGAUCGCUUUACAGAGCGUUUUCCUUAAAGGGUUAGCAGACAAUGUUAAGGAUGAAUUAGCUGCACGAGAUGAGACCCAGUCUCUAGAUGAACUGAUUUCUUUAGCCAUCCGACUAGAUAACUGGCUGCGAGAGAGACGUAGGGAGAGAGUAGGAAGACAGGGUGUCCCCCUCUCCGCUGCUCAAACCAACUCACUGUCUUCUGCUGCCCCCUUCUGUGCCUCCCGUGACAUCACUCCAGUUCCAGCGCCAGCUCCAGGUCCAAGUUUUUCCUCCUCCCACUGCAUUGAGGAGCCCAUGCAGUUGGGGAGGAUGAGACUAUCACAAGCAGAAUGGGAACGCAGAGUCAGGCACCGGCUCUGCAUUUACUGCCGUCAGCCCGGCCAUUUCCUCGCAUUCUGCCCCCAGCUGCCAAAAGAGCCGGCUCAUCAGCCACCGGGGGGGCGCUGAUGAGCCCUACCACUUCUUCCACCACACCCUCCACUCGGAUUCAGCUGCAAGAUCCUUCUCUUCAGUUUGUGGUGGAGAUUGAUGCCUCUGACACCGGCGUUGGUGCUGUGCUCUCCCAACGCUCACCUGAAGACCAAAAGAUUCACCCAUGUGCUUAUUUCUCUCGUCGACUCACGCCAGCAGAGACAAACUAUGACGUUGGCAACAGGGAGCUACUGGCUGUUGUCCUCGCCCUACAGGAGUGGAGACAUUGGCUGGAGGGCUCCAUACACCCAUUUGUGGUAUGGACUGACCACAAGAACCUCUCUUACCUGCAGUCAGCUCGCCGUUUGAACUCAUGCCAGGCUUGGUGGGCUUUGUUCCUGGGUCGAUUCCAGUUCACCCUUCCCCACCGCCCUGGGUCCUGGAAUGUUAAGCCUGACGCCUUAUCCCGCCAGUUCACUCCUCCUGUGGAAGCCUCACCCGAAGAAACCAUCCUCCCUUCCUCCUGUGUGGUUGGAGCUGCCAGGUGGGAGAUUGAGCAGGUAGUUAAAGAGGCCCAAUGUGACCAACUGACCCCUGAGAACUCUCCCCCCAACUGGUUGUUCAUCCCGCCUUCUGCCAGGUCACCUGUGCUCCAGUGGGGACAUGCAUCCAAGGUUGCCUGCCAUCCUGGUUUCCUCUGGACCCUCACCCUGCUCCGGCGGAGUUUUGGUGGCCAACCAUCACAGCUGACACCAGAGAGUUUGUCUCCGCCUGCUCCGUCUGUGCUCGUAGCAAAUCUUCUCAUCAAACACCUGCUGGCCUCCUACACCCCUUGCCUAUUCCUCAUCAUCCCUGGUCCCACAUUGCUGUGGACUUCGUUACUGGACUCCCACCUUCAGAGGGUAACACAGUUAUUUUAACCAUUGUUGAUCAUUUUUCCAAGACUGUGCAUUUUGUCCCCCUGUCCAAACUCCCGUCUGCUUUAGAGACUGCCAACCUCCUCAUCCAGCACGUGUUCAGACUCCAUGGCAUCCCCCAGGACAAUGUUUCCGACCGGGGUCCCCAGUUCACCUCCCAAGUCUGGAGGGCUUUUUGCCAGGCGUUGGGGGCGUCAGCUAGCCUCUCGUCUGGGUACCAUCCGCAGACCAACGGCCAGAUGGAGCGGGCCAAUCAGGACCUCGAGUCAGCUCUCCAGUGUAUCACUUCAAGACGUCAUGCCUCUUGGUCCACCCAUCUACCCUGGGUGGAAUACGCCCACAACUCCCUGGUCAACUCUGCCACAGGUAUGUCUCCCUUCAUGGCUUCCACGGGUUUCCAACUUUCUCUCUUCUCAGUCCAGGAGAAUGAAGUGGCAGUCCACUCGGUCCAGGAACAUCUUUGGCAGGCUCGCCGGGUCUGGCGUGAGGCUAGGGUGGCCCUCACACACACUGCUGCUCGCAACCAGCGGUUGGCAGACCGACAUCGCUCUCCAGCUCCCCACUAUCAGCCUGGCCAGAAGGUUUGGCUCUCUUCUCACGACCUCCCUCUGCAGAUUGAGAGUAGGAAGCUGGCUCCCAGCUACAUCAGCCCAUAUGAAAUUGACAAAGUGAUCAAUCCCAGUGUGAUGAGACUCAAAUUGCCUCCAGCAUUGCAUGUUCACCCUGCUUUUCACGUGUCCUUGUUGAAGCCAGUCGCUACCAGUGCUCUGUGCUCUCUGGCCGAGCCCCCUCUGCCCCCCCGGCUCAUUGACGACCAUCCUGCUUACUCUGUUUGGCAGCUGCUAGACGUCCGCAGAUGGAGCCGGGGGUAUCAGUACCUGGUGGACUGGGAGGGGUACGGUCCGGAGGAGCGGUCUUGGGUAUGCCGCUCCUUGAUUUUGGACCCGGACCUCCUGAAUGACUUUUAUCGGGACUUCCCGGACAAGCCCGGUAGGCCGCCGGGUGGCGUCCGUUGAGGGGGGGGGGGGUAAUGUCAUGAUAACGUUUGUUUUGGUGUUUGGUUUUGUGUUUGGGAUGUUCUAUGUUUUUCUUUCCCUUUCCCCCUCCCUUUUCUCUCCCUGGCAGUGUGUGUGCAGCUGAGGGUGUGGCUGGCCAGCUCUUCAUAAUGAGGCACACCUGGUGUUCAUUCAGUAAUCACUCCUGCAAUAAAAGCCUGGUCAAGAUGCCACUCCUGUGCCAGAUUAUCCCGUCUCAGUCGCCGCUGGUGUGCCUCCUGCCGUACCUGAUUGCAGCUUCCAGUGCUUCAGUGUCUCCGCAUGCUGCGUCCGUUUCCAGCAACGCCAGCCAGCACUCCGCUGCCUCCAUUUGCUCCCUUUUCUGAUUUUUUGAACUUAGGGUUUUUUCAAUAAACACUGUGGACUGUU